UGUGUGUGUGUGUGUGUGUGUGUGUGUGUGUGUGUGUGUUUGUCGUCUUUUUUCGACAAACGCCUUGAUAGCCGAAAGCUUAUACUGUGACAGUCUUUUGGUUGUGCCGAUCUGCGACCCAGCAUCUCCGCUAAAUGGAGGAGUGCGUGGUGCAGCUGCCGCCACCCCCACCGCCGGGCGUGGACCCACGCCUGUGCUACGUGUGCCAGCUCAAGAAGCUGAGGGAGGAACGCGCCGCGUCAGCACCCAGGGAGCCGCCGGAGGUCACAGCCGCCAAGGAGCGGGUGAUAAACCUGGAUAUUAUGAGGGUCGACGCAGGAGGCGCAAUAGAUGCUAUGAAAGAGGCGGACGCCCGGCGGUCAAGAAAUAUAGAAUUCGCUCUCUACAACAAACAUAUCGGCGAGCAACGGCGGAUGGACAUGAUGGAAGAAAAGCAGAGGAAUUUAAACGCGCCGCCUAUGUCGGAUGUGCUUUAUCAGCGGCCCACGUCACCACGCGAGAAUGACGCGUACUACGUGGAGAUACGGGAGAUGGCGAGGAAAAAACGCGAAUCGGAUCAGAAACAAGCGGAAAAGCAGCACAAGGAAGACUGCGAAACGUUGAGAAAUCUCAUACGAGCCGCUGAGGAAGCCAGGUGGAACGAAGCGAGAGAGCGGAAGACGGCGAUGGACACCCAGCGAGGUGACCUCAUGGUACAGUGGGCGGAAAAGCGAGAAAGGGACAGCAGGGAGCACAAGGUGGUGGACAAGGCGCUGCCCGACCUGAUGGGGCUGCCGUCGGACGAGCAGGCGUUCCGGGACAGGCGGCGCCAGGCGCUGGAGCUGGCGGACUUCAACCGCGGGCAGAAGGACGAGAAGCUGGGCCGCGACCGGAGCUGGCGCGAGGACAAGCUGGCCUGGGAGCGGCGCUGGCUGGACACGCUGGCGCGCGAGGCGCAGGCCGAGCGGUGGCGGCGCGCCGUGCUGCAGCACGCGGCGCAGGGCGGCCUGGUGUGCACGUGGCGCGACCAGGCCGCCGGCAAGGGCCGCCGCGACGCCGACGAGCGCGCCUUCCUGUCGCGCCCGGCCGGCUUCGUCAUCACCGACAUCUGCCCGCGCUGCGAGCGCUGCUUCCGCCGCCUCGGCUACCCCUCCGAGAGCAUCAAGAAGUGA